CCCCAAAAUUCUUACUCCAACCUCAAAAGCAGAGCCGAAGGCCCUCCCCAUAUCUCUUUUGUGAAACAAGGCAGGCUGGGCUUUUGAUCAUCAAAGUCUUCCCCUUUGGAAGGAGGAGGAGCCGUCUAGUCAUGGGUUCAUUGAUUCCUUGCCCAGCAGGAAUGUUUGCUUGGGCACAGCCAAGCCGCACCUCUGAUGACUGUAACAGGCAGCGCUCUCUCUCUUUUGAUAUACUAUCAGCUGGGUUUAUCAGAGUAUCAACAACCACCACAUUCAAGGACUCAUCCCUCUGGUAAGCUCUCCCUGCAGAGCGGACAGGGGCUGCGUGGGAGCUGAGCUCACCUCUUAUUUCAAGGAAUCUUAACAGCAGGUUUUAAGCUGCUUAUUUACCUUUUUGGUCUGUGCAGGAAGUCUGAGCUAAAAAAAAAAGACAGAAGUAUAAUUACUCUGGCACGCCUGCAUUCCUGCUCCAGGCUCAGGCGGGGAGAGACUCUUUCUUGUCGGAGCCAGGAAGAGAGCUGAUCCCUGGAGAUCACUGCCUCAAACGUGCGUAACUGAAACCUGCAGCCAUGCUGAAACAGAUACUAUCGGAAAUGUACAUUGAUCCUGACCUGCUGGCAGAACUCAGUGAGGAGCAGAAGCAGAUCCUCUUUUUCAAGAUGCGGCAGGAACAGAUCAGACGAUGGGAAGAAAGAGAAGCUGCUAUGGACAAGGCUUCACCAAAGAAACCUCUGCCUAGAAAAGCCAACAGGAAGUCGGUGACAUGGAAGCUCGGUGCUGACAAUGAUGUCUGGGUCUGGGUGAUGGGUGAGCAUCCUUCAGAUAAAUCAUAUGCUGCCAUCUGUGAAGAGAUCCAGGCACAAAGGGCAAAGCGGCUGGUGAGAGAGCAAAGCAAGGAGGGCAGAGAGACUGACUCUUCUGUAACACAGUCUUUACAUCUACAACCAGGAGUCCUAGGUGAGACAGAUCUUCAUGGGAAUAAGAAAAGCACUGUGGAGGAAAAGAAGGAAUGUGGGAGAAAAAUUACUGCUGCUACAGCAGGGAAAAGCCAGGAGAUCACAAAGAGGGAAACCAGAGAUGUUCACCAGAUGCUGGCAGCCUGUCACAUGAGGAAAUGUGGCUUCCAACAGAUGAAAGAAGCACAGAGGAGAAAUCGAGGAGAAGAAACCACAGUCCCCCAGGAGGCAAUACUGCAGAGCCGCCCCAGCUCAGAGAGCCACAGGACGCUGCAGAAAUUGGAUGAGAAUGAGCCUGAAUGGCAGGAAUCCUUGCAGAAAUCCAAGGCAGCAGAUGAGAAGAGACGCUCUCUUGCACGGCAAGCCAGGGACGACUACAGGAGACUCUCACUGCAGGGCAUCCACAAAGGGAAGCAGGCAGAUAUUUCCAAGGGUGCCACGGCAAGAGAUCGGCGACCACUCCAAUACCCACCUCUCCCUCCUAAGCCUAAACUUCUACCUCCUGUGAUGUCAAACGGGAGAACGAUUCGGAAAGAGGGAAUCCAGAGGACAAUCUCCAAUUCCACUGAAGAAAGCAUCAUCAGGUGGUUCAGAGAGGAGCAAUUCCCUCUCCGAGCUGGCUAUCAGAAAAACACAGACACAAUAGCUCCUUGGUUUCAUGGUAUCCUAACCUCUAAGAAAGCAGAAGAGCUUCUGAAUAAAACAGUACCAGGGAGUUUCCUGGUCCGGGUCAGUGAGAAAAUCAAAGGCUACGUGCUCUCCUAUCGAUCUGUAGAAGGAUGCAAACACUUCCUCAUUGAUGCCUCCAGUGACUCCUACAGCUUCCUUGGAGUGGACCAGCUACAACAUUCGACACUGGCUGACCUUGUAGACUACCACAAGGAUGAACCCAUCACUUCCUUGGGAAAGGAGCUGUUGCUUUACCCCUGUGGCCAAGAGGACCAAGAAGCAGAUUACAUCUCUCUCUUUGAAUGAGCCUCCCGGUCUCACUGUGCAGCCCCAUGCUCGUAUUCACAGACUGAACUUCGAACUAGAGCUGUUGAUGCUUACUUGAAAUAGUUGCCAUCAGUGCCUCUGUUUUAUAUCCUUCACAACAACACAGUGAGAGUAUAAGUACUGUUGUGAGCGGUAUCAACUGAGUUAAUGGAUGCAUCAGCCCAGCAAGCUGCAAAGCACUUGGAUGCAUCCUGCACAGUGGAGUGAAUGAAAUGAUGAAGUAAUCAAUUGAACAGGGAGAUACUGCCACGUAUUUUCAGUGGGUGUUUGCAGAUUUCCUCGGGGACUUCUGUAUUCAAGCUGCCUUUUGUUCUUGAAUGCCAGGUUGUGUGCCAUCUGGGAAAUAGAUUGGUGUCUACAGUUGAAUGAGAUCAUACCUUCCUGAAGGCACAAAACAACUUGGAGGGGGUGAUUCAUCCUGAUACAGUAAUUUGCAUAAUGUGAAGAUAAAUCCUGUAAAAUGCUGUGCCCUUGGAAUCAAGGAUGUUCAAGCCAAACAUCCAAGCAAACCCUCUGUGCCUUUCAGUGAAAGGUUUUCUUUGUGAAGAGGGAUUUUCAUGAAAAGUACAUUUUUAAAACUCCUUUAGCCUCUGAAUGUAGAUCCUCACCCUUUUAACUUGUAUUUAAGUCCCACACUAGCCUUUCUGCAUAGAGAGAGAUUAGUCUUUUGAAAGGGAAAGGAGAAGCUAUAUAGGAAUUUGUAUGAAAGACUUCCACAUGCACAGAACCUAAAAGAUGUAAGAAGCCGUGCCUAUAUCAGUAUUAGUACAGUUUACAGAAGAACCUUUGCCAGCAAAGAAUGCUAUUUUGCAAAAUGGAGCUAUUUAUUGCAAGUUGUGUCCAGAUUACUGAGAUGCAUUGGGUGUAAACUUUAAUAUAGAACUUGUUCUUUCAACAUAA